UGUUGUUUCUAUGUAUAGUCGUUGCGUCUGAGCUUUGAGUGUUUUGUGUUUGUUUUUUCAAAUUUUUAUGUGAUACAAUUUGAUUGAUUCAAGUGAAGAAAAAUACUUAUAUCAUACGUUCUGGUGUUUCGAGAAAAAGAGACGCCCCAAUAGUUUCCACACAAUAUUUACGGGUUGCAAUGACAUCGCCUUGGGGAAAUUUAUGCCGUGUAUGUGGAAGUCCAGCCGAAUAUGAUAUAUUUGACAAAAUUCCUGUUUAUCUACAUUCAAGUUCCAAGGACUAUAUGCACUGGCAAUCUCCCAUAUAUGAGCUAAUGCAAGAUACCAUUGGAUUAAGGAUCUCAAAGGACGAUGGUCUUCCCCAACAUAUAUGCGCUCUUUGCAUAUCCUACUUAAAACAUGCAUUCACGUUUCGCGAGAAGGCCAUUGAAAUAUGCUUGAAUUUCCUUGCUGUUAAGGAAUACCAUGCAAUUCUUAAGGGCGAAACGGAAUGGAACUACCCCAAGGCGGUGAAUGACAUUCUUGCGGGCAACAAUAAAACAUCCAUCAUCAAUGACAAUAACACAAUGACACGUACAGCACCGGCGAAUAAUGUCGCCGAGGAGAAUGAGAAUACCGCAAAAUGUUUUUACAAAGAUCAGAACAAAGUAAACAAAAGACUGAUAACAAGUGGACAGGUUAAUGACAACAGUAACAUGGCAAGAGUUUUAACAAAUCAAACCAAGAGUUGUCUAAACUACCUGUUGGACUUGUACGAAAAUCCAGAAUGUUAUGAACGAAUACGGGGAAUUGCCCGUCAGAGAAGGCAGAAAAAUGUUGCCGCGGCAAGCACAACAGCUGGAUAUUUUAGCAAAAAACGACAAAAUUACGAAGACGAAAUAUCUCGAAACAUAUCUAGCGAUGAAUACGUCGAGCACGAAUCGAACGGGGAGAGUAUAGCUGCAGGUGGCAAUGGUGAAGGCACUGGUUCCCAGAAAACCAAUAACAUAUUCACAUACAAGGAGAAAAUCUUCGAGGAAGACGACAUCAUGGACAUGGAUGAAUUGAAGGAUCUAGUAAACAUUAACAUCGAAUCCACAUGCAAGGAGCACAAGUGCAAAUAUUGCUCACGUCGCUUCAUGUUCGAAGAGACCAUACAGGAGCACCUAAAGACUUGCGUUGACUUUAAGUUUGCCGAAUUCUUCGAAGAGAUUAAGAAUCUGAUGUACAUAAAACGUAAUAAGGAAAUAUCUCCGCACGAGUUCACAAGACGCAUGAUAUUCAGCAUACGCAAGACUUGUGUGUGGCUCAAGGAAAAUUUGAUGGACACAACUUUGCCAGAUUUGUUGCAGAGUAACGACUCAGCUGUCACCGAGGAGACUACUGAAGCUAAGCGCAACGAAGAAAGGAAGAAAUCAAAUGAGAGUAAACAUGAAAACAUACAAAAUUGCUUGGUGGAAUCAACAGAACGUCGCCCAUGUCCUAUAAAUGCUAGCAAUAACAUACUACAUGUCAUUGGUUCCUCUACGGCAGCGAAGAUUGGACAGCCCCUUCAUAAGGUGAAUAAAACUGUCAUAGCCUCUUCGUUUUUGCAAGAGCAGCCAGUAGCAGCACCUUUUAGACAAACACCCAUAAAUAUAAGUAAUAACAUUUUACAUGAAAUCGAAAGAUCGGAAAUGAUUUUGAAAAAGCCCAUUGCGAUAUUGGCCACAAGUGGUUUGAAUAAUAGUAUGCCAAAAAUAUCUCCAACUGCCACAAAAAAUCAUAAUCCCGAGCGCUUAGCAUUUCUGGAAAAACUACAAAAUGCUGCCAAACCCAUAACUCUCUCCCCGCUAACAUUGGGCACAACAACUCCGGUUCAGGAGAAAGUUCCACUAAUUUCGGUGCGACAAGAUCUAAUGGAAACGACAACAACUACAACCACAACAACGAGUACACGAAGAACCCAUGUUUCUCCACUUUUGGAUCUUUUGCAAAACAAUACCAAAGCACUGAAUUCCUCCACUAAUCCCCUACUAAGUACGCCCUGCGCACGUUGUCCCACGUGCGAUCUCUUGUUUGAGACUUUAGAUGCUUUAGAGAUUCACAAUGCCUUAAAGCAUAAUGCAAUGACAGCCAGUGCAGGUAAUGGCAAUGGCACUCGUGCAUCAUCAACUGGCGUGGAUCCAAGCUAUGUCGACAAAGAGGCUGAACACAAACGUAUUAUAUCCCUAUUCGAAAAUGAUGACGAAUUUUAAGCAAAAGAGCCAAAACAUCCUUUUAAUGGUCUAUGAGACUUUUAGAUGUUUGCACACACACACAUAUGUGUGUGAACUGAUUAUAACGAAAUUAUUUCGCUGGAGCCGCCAAUGUUUGAUGGGUAUCUUUUACAAAUCGUGAUAUUUAUUUGUUUUUAUUUUUAAUUUUGACUAUUUCUCGACUACGAUGUUCUCUAAACCGUUUACAUUUUUUACUUUCUAUGCUGUUUUUUAUGUAUAUUUUUGUUUUUUUUACUUAAUGACUAUUGCUAUAACGAACAAAUUUUCAAACAAGUUACGUACUCCUUACGUAUGGAUUAGACCUAAUGCAAAGUUUACCACUAUUAGACUUGUUAUUAGUAAUUUAUUACCUGCAUUCAUACAACAUGCCAUUGUAUUUGAGUAAUUAUCGAAAAAUUAAAUAAACAAAAAUUAAAUAUUUCAAUGUGAGAUUAAA